AUGUCUGCGCCGCCGUCCACCCGCGGGCAACGCGGUGGCAGCUCGACCAGAGGUGGACGAGGCACUCCGUUGCAGACGAUCCGAGGGCGCGGUAGCACUCGCGGAUCUACCACUGUGCGAGGACGAGGCAGAGGCGCAGGCGCAGGCGCAGGCACAAACGCGGGUGCUUCAAAUACCAAUGGGGAAGGGCUUUUGCAACGACUGCGUGCGGGAACUGUCAAAAGAGGAGAAGGCAAUGGGCCCUCUGUGUCAGGAAGAGGACGCGGUGGUGGUGCCGGAAACGCUGCGCCCUUUCCGGCCGGCUCUCGAGGACGUGGUCGUGGAUUUGCGAACCUGUCGCAGACAUUCAACACACCCAAAUCCCAGACGUCGAAACCUGGCUCUCGAGCAGCUUCUCCGGCACCUGCCUCACACCGGGAUUUUAUGAACUUGGCGCAUAACAAAUUCCAAACGCUAAAGCAAAGCCGGGAAGAGGAAAGGACCAGAGCGAUUCGCGAUGGAUUUCUGGCCGAUCCGGAGAAGAAGACCAGCCUGGAUAAAGCCAUCACCCCAGUCGGAACAUGCACGGAGAUGUGCCCGGAAUUCGAGAGAGUGGAACGAAUAGUGCAGAACAUGGUUGACAAGGCAGAGAAGGUACGGAACGAAGAAACCGGCAAGGACAUGCCUGCAGAAGACCGCAUGGUUAAGCGAUUUCGCCGAUCUGCUGCUGGGUACGACGAGCAGCUGCCUUCCGAUAUUCGAACCCCCGAGACUCUGAAACGGACGCUGGACUACCUCCUCGACAAAGUGAUUGGUGGUGGUGAACGAUUGGCAACGGUCCACAAAUUUGUCUGGGAUCGAACGCGAGGGAUCCGCAACGACUUCUCCAUCCAACAAGUCUCCAAUGUCCAGGACGUUAAGCUCGCGGUUGACUGUUUCGAGCGAAUAGCAAGAUUCCAUAUACUGUCGUUGCACCAGCUGUCAAAUCCGGACAAUCUGCUGGAAGGAGAGAACUUUGACACCUACCAAGAGAGAGAACAGCUGAACAACACUCUCUUAUCUCUGGUCUACUAUUACGAUGAUCAUCGAGACCGUCUUGACUUCCCUAACGAAGGAGAGUUUCGCGCUUAUCUCGUGAUCUUUGAAAUCCAGGCCCCUGAAAGACCGGACUUGGAAGACCGCAUGCAAUCAUGGCCCAGGAGUCUUCUCAGAGACAAGAGAGUUCAGACGGCCCUCAAGCUGUACCGGGCGGCAGGAAACUCCUUACUCGGCCAAGGGCCUCUUCAGCCGUGGGAGCCUUUCGCCGUCGCUCAGGGGAAAACGGGAAGCUUUUGGAGUCUCUUGGCCUCUGAUGCGGUGCCCUACAUCAUGGCAUGCCUCGCUGAGAUAUAUUUUGCCGAAGUCCGUUUUGCCGCCUUGGAUGCAUUGUGGCGCUCAUGCAAGAAAGGGCCUCAGGCUCAACAAGCAAAGUCUAGAGAUUGGACACUGAGCGAAGUAACAAAUUUCCUUGGUUUCGACUCCAACGAUGACACCAAGGAUUUCUGUGCCGCUUUCGAUCUCUACUAUGCCACGGAUGAUGAUAGCGGCGAGGAGUAUCUGGACGCGACGGCGAACAGUGCUCCAUCACUCGAUCCGUCCUCGAUCCCGCGACGCCAGGUUUUUUCGCACACAUAUGUGGAGAGGAAGCGGUACCGUCGAACACUGACCGCCGUCAUCAACGGUGCAACCGUCGCAGAAGCAAUCCGUCAGGGCUGGGUUGAGCCUGAAGAUGAGGAUGCUCGUGGACCUGCGGAUGAUACCAGAGAUGAUGACCAAAGCAUGUUCGUUCCGGAGACGAAACCAACCACCUCUGCAGGUUCCUCAGUCUUUGGCCCUUCACUCAAUCCGCAAGCUGCUCCCUUUACGCCAUUUGGCCAAAGCACGCCCUCGUCGAGCUUGACGAAGCCAACGGUGUUUUCUGGAUUUGGCUCUUCUGGCUCUUUCAAUGCUGCUGCUUCUGUCAAGCCCACAAUCGAGUCACCGUUUGGUAAGCCAUUGACAAAUGCUGGCUUUGGAUCCUUCGAGCCAUCGACAUUGACCGAUUCGACUGGCACCUUUGCCAAGUCGACUCUUGCUCAACCACAGCAAACAUCCACUGUCGGCUUUGCUGGCUUCACACCAUUAGCAACACCAUCUACCCCAACGUUCGGGCUGCCUGCGCCAGCACAGAAAGAAAGCAAGCCCUUCAGCUGGGGCGGGUCCACUUCUGACCUUCGGGAAGCAUCUACUACGUCUCAAGAUAACGAGCUUGCCAGGCCUGCGUUUGCGUCUACGAUCAACUCUGGCAAUCCAACUCCCGCCCCUUCGACGUCUACGACCUCAUCGGUAACUCCUCUUGCGCCCAUCUUUGGCCAACCACCAGCGCCACAACCGAAAAUUUCUGCGGCGUCACAGGCGAAACAAGUGAACCCCCCAGCGACGGCUCCAUCGUCAACACCUUCUCAAUUCGCCUCCCUCGCACCAUCGUCUUCCUCUACUUCUGCAAUAUUUGGGCAGACUUCAGGAGGUACAACGCCCCCAUCACUUUUCACAUCGACCGAAAAGCCUACAGCUCAACCAGAGGCCGCCCAGGCAACGUCAGAGCUGGAGAGGCGCGCACCAUCGAUCACAACUCCAGCAGUCUCGUCCGUAGAGCCGAUCCCGAGUCCCUUCUUCAACCCAACCACCGCUGGCUCUUCGCGGACCCAAUCAUCAUCAGCCAUUGAGUCUGUGUCGAAGCCUUCUUUGGAAAAGUUCAGUUUCCCUACUGCGACAACUUCAACCACGACCGCUAAGAAUAAGCACCCAAGCCAGCAACCUGACAAAAUAACAGUCACCCCGAGUCCAACCCCGACAGAGUAUCCUCGUCGCAGCACCACUCCUCCACAUUCUCCCCGCCAACCUCCAGCCAAGCCUGUCUUCACCGAAGUAGACCGGAACAAGCUUGCAGCGAAUGUCGCCAGAAUUGCAUUCACACAGCAGAAAGGGUUGCUCAACAGCUACCUCGACUUCACACUACGUGAUCUUGUGACAACCGCAUUCAAUCAACAUCAACUAGAAGCGCGUGAUGCAUCUAUUGCUUCUGUUCGUGAACGUAUCCUCGCGCGCAAGUUUGGGUAUCUCUGGCGGACACGCGCUUGGACCAGCGCCUUGAACCGACGGGCGAAAACCAGACGCCAGCUAUUUGCGGAGACCAUCAGAGCUGAACAAGCAAGAAAACAACGAACGGAGGAGGAACUUGAGGAGAUCCUGAGGGCGACAACGGAAACAAAACGUCUCCAAAGAGAGGUCCAACAGGCGGUUGAAGCAGCGAAAGCCCCGACUGCCAUGCAAAACAAAGUAGAAGCCUGCAACGUUGCUGGACGAAAGCGCAAAAGCUUCUCCGGUGCAAACUCAACAGCGAAUGGGACAUCCUCGGUUCCUGCGCAUAAGAGGUCGAAGACGAUGAGUGUUUCUUCUGAUCCUUCAGCCUCUGCAAUGAGCCAGAGACCGCCCGUGCCUAGUUUUGGCGCAUCCACCUCAAGGCCGCGUCAACAUGUCUCCAUCUUUUCGGGGACAUCUACCCUCAGACAAUCAACAUCUGCUCAGAAACUCGAUACCACCCGCACGGACUAUUUCAGGCUUAAAGCUAUGGGCGUCGACCCUGAGACGCCGUUCGUUCCCGACACUCAGCAGUCGCUUGCGAUUCGACGACAAAAAGAAGCUGAAGAGAGACAAGCAAGCCUAAAGAGGGCAAACCGACGCACGAGAACUUCUCUCUCUUCUGAUCAAAGCUCCCCUGCCCCAUCGCUGCCACCCGUGGUGGCUGACUCUCGGACGCCGGGUGCAAAACCAACAGCGCACCAGACUCCCAUUCUUCCUCCGGUUGAAGAUGAUUUCCUCAAGCAAAUCAGAGAGGCGCGUGAAGCAAUGGUAGAACAGAUCGAAUGGUUCAAACAGCAAUCUGUCUCACUCGAGAAGGAGAUCGAGCUAGACGAAGAGUUCCGAAGAAGCCAAAGCAGUCGUGACCACGGUAGCCCUAGUUCGGCAAGUGGCUUGCGUCGAGUCAACGGUUAUGACUUCCUACCGGGAGCGAACAAACCUGGUUCAAGUCUGUCGCGCACCGAGAGGCGUAUCCGAGAGACUGGUGCCCACGGGUUAGCCACAAAGCCUCUGCGACCGAGCUCGCAGUAUGUGCCUGUUGCAAUGUCGAAGAAAACUGCACGGGAUUAUUCUACAGGGUCAAAUGUUUCGAGCCCUGGAAGAAAACGGUCGCACGACGAUAUGAACCCAGUGUCUAACGAGAAAGUGACGAAGCGAAACUCCGGAAAUCUACCUGCUUCCAAACGCCCUCGAGCUGCACCGUCUAAGCCGAUGAUCCAGCAUUCGAGGCCGAACCGUAUCGCCAGAAAUCAAGGCAGCAAUUCUUUCGAUCUGCUCCAGUCGACCCCGCCUGACGACCAAGAAGAAGCAGAUGACGAUACCGAAGGAGACGGACAUCAACAGGACGAGCUGUACGAAGAAGCAGAGGGAUCUUCUUCUGAACCAGAUCCUCGCCAGGAUAUACGCAACGGAACUUAUGAAGACGAUGAAGAUGAAGAGGAGUUGGAGGAGGACGAGGAGGAAGAAAACGGAUACUACCUCGGGCAAGCAAGUCGAGGGGGAGAGAGAGAAUACGAGGACGAGGAAGAAGAUAUAGAGGAGGAAGAGGACCACAACGACGAAGACAACGACGAUCUUGAGGAGGACGAUGACGGGGAAGAAGAAGACAGGCAAUACAGUUAUCCAGGAUAUCUUCAUGGGACGCGACAGGACGAAUCAUUUGACGACGCCGAAGCCGAAACUCCCAUGACGAAUCCCCAGCUCAGUCGCGCGGCCAGUAGUGCCCCCGGCGGCAGUGUGGACGAUGCGCUGGUUUUGAGUGAUAGUGACUGA